AUGUCGCUUUGUUCUGAAAGUGUCGCCAAGUUGUUGCCCUGCACAGUUGUUAGCAUGAAUCUACUCAUACCCAGCAAGUGUGUUGAUGCGCGGGAAAAUGUAGAAAGUGUGCGCAGCGAUGGAUCUAGAGACACAACCAAGUUGUUCACCUGCGCCAUCAGCAGGAUCCGCGUUUUGCCCAUGAACGCACUGGAUGGCAACGGCUGCGUGACCAUGGACCCGGCGAUCGAGAGCCCAUCCGUCCUCAACGGCAACUGGUCGCCGGACGGCACCAUGGACAACCCUGGCUUCGAGUCCUACGAGGGGACAUUCUACUAGACGUUUGAGGGCAAUCAGCUCGCCUUUAGCACAUAUCAAGAUAUGACUCUUGUAGCAGCGUAACUGUAUGUAACUCGAUGACUUGUCAAGUAAAUUUAGAGUUUCGAUCUC